CCGAUACGAAAAUACAGGUUAGAUUAGGUUUGGGUUGGGAGUUUUCUUUGAUUUGUUCGUGUGUUGUGCCCAAAAACUUCAGUACAAUGUCGGCUACCAGACUGGAGAACGGUGCGGGUGAUUAUAUUCAAACAGAAUUUAUAUCCGGCGUCGAUUUUUCAAAUAAAAACAAUACGAAAGAACAUCGUGCCAAUGGAGAAACUGGGUUGAAUGAACACAUAAAAUACAAGAAUGGAUAUAAAAAGUCGGUCAUUUCCAAUGGACAUGUCACAUCAUCAGAUGAAGAAACUACUAAAAAUAGGACAAAAAAUGGUUACAGAACAGACACAUCAACAGACGAACCAAAAAUCAGACAAAUCAAAGAAUCCUUCGAACCGCCUACGUUGAUCACAAAAGCACUCACCCAUAUCAGUUUCUACAUCCUCAUGUUCUUAGGAUACCUCAGCCAGGCGCUUUUCCCACCUAAGUUAGCCAAAGAAAAAAAUCGAGAAGGUUAUCGACCGUUAUACGAUCGGUUUGCUGCUUUCUAUUCCCAAUACGUAUACAGGCGUAUCAAGGACUGUUGGAAUUUACCGAUUUGUAGCGUGCCCGGGGAUGAAGUCGUACUUAAAGAUAGAAUUACGAAAGAUCACUGCUGGACCUUUGAGUUUACUGGUACCAAAACGAAAUGUAUAAAUUUGGCUUCCUACAACUACUUGGGUUUCGCAGAAGCCACGGGUCCAUGCGCUGAGCAUGCAAUUCGGACCAUUUACACCAAUGGCAUAAGUACCGGAAGUACCAGACAACAGAAUGGAACGUGUGCACUUCAUGACGAACUGGAGCAGCUGAUAGCCGAAUUCGUGGGUGCCGAAGAUGCCAUCACCUUUGGAAUGGGUUUCGCGACGAACUCACUUAACAUUCCCACACUCGCAUCGCCUGGUUGUCUGAUAUUGAGUGACGAGAAGAAUCAUGCCAGCUUGAUAUUGGGUAUCAAACUUAAUAGUCCCACCGUUAGAGUAUUUAAACACAAUAAUGUUAAGCAUCUGGAAAAACUCCUCCAAGAAGCCAUCUAUUACGGCCAACCCAACCAACCCAACAACGAGUACAAACCUUGGAAGAAAAUUAUUAUUUUUAUCGAAGGAGUGUAUAGUAUGGAAGGAACUAUUGGCCGCCUUCCGGAAAUUAUAGCUCUUAAGAAAAAGUACAAAGCUUACUUAUAUUUGGACGAGGCCCACAGCAUAGGAGCCAUGGGCAAGCACGGCAAAGGUGUUGUAGAUUAUUUUAACUGUGAUCCCAAAGAUAUCGAUAUUUUGAUGGGUACGUUUACGAAGAGUUUUGGAGCCGCAGGUGGAUAUGUUGCAGGUUCAAAGGAAUUCAUAUCUUUCAUUCGCGAACAUAGUCACGCGUCUCGCCACGCUUGGGCGAUGUCGCCGCCAGUCGCAGCACAGAUCAUAUCAGUUCUAAAGAUAAUCAUGGGCAAAGAUGGUACAAACGAAGGACAAAAGAGAAUCGAACGGUUAGCCAGGAAUUCCAGAUAUGUCAGGUUGCGUCUCGAACAGAUGGGUUUGAUCGUACACGGAAACCAGGAUUCUCCAGUAGUUCCGAUUUUAGUGUACCGUUAUUCAAACAUAGCCACAGUGGUAAGAACAUUAAUUAAAGAAAAAAUAGCAACAGUGGGCGUAGGUUAUCCAGCAACGCCGCUUGCAGAAUGCAGAAUAAGAAUUUGCAUAUCAGCGGGCCACACGAAAGAGCAGCUCGAUUAUGCCUUAACAGUCAUAGAACGAGUAGCAGACGAAAUAGGUAUCAGGUAUUCUAGAAAACCGAGAGAUCCAAAUCCGAUUGAUUACAACACGAUCAAAAUAUAUCAGGAUUUGUUUUAGGAAGAGACUUUUAGACGAAGCUUUAAGAGAACACCAGCCUGCGUUAGGAGGUUUUGUUGUUUUUAUAAAUUUUAUAAAAGCAUUUAAUAUUUGAUUUCCAUAGCUAUUUAUUAAGAAUCAUUUUUGGCUCUGUUUCAUUUUAAUACUUUGCAAAAUAAAAUAUAAAAACAG